AUGACGGGUCCAGACCCAAACUUCCCGACAGACGACGCGCUCCUCCAAGCAGUUUCCGAGAUUCGCAUCACUCUCAAUGCUGAUAUGGCCAUCUUGUUCGAUGUCUCAUACCAGCGAGUCAAGAAAGUCGCACCGGUCUGGCAUCCAGACGAUCAAAAGAAGCUGGCAGAUGCGCCGGUCCUGCAAAGCAUAUGGGACUAUUACGUGGCCGCAGCGAACAAAGUCGGACUGCGGAAGGAAGAGAUAGGUGCUCAAUUUGAGAUGGAGUAUGGUGUGCCAUGGACACUCAUGCCGAAGGCUAAGUCGGAAUGGACAGGACCGGAAGCGCAGGCCCUCAAGGCUGAUUUCAAGAAGGAGGGCUUGAAGGUCAAGAAGGAACUGCUGAAGAUCCCGGGAGCAAAGCAAUACAUCCCGACAGAUGAGAACGGCGAGAUCAUAUGGGAUGAGAAAAAGAAUGGCCAAUUCGCUGUCUUGGUUGUCAAGAUUGACAAGCAAGAUGGUUUGACAGAGUUUGGAGAGGUCUAA